AUGAAGCUAAUCAUUACUCUUAGUUAUUUGUUAUUCUCGUCAUUUGUGAUCUCUGAUCCUACUACAUUUAAUACCAAUACUGCUAUUUCUACACGUCCUGCCACUAAAUCUUAUACCAAUACUGUUAUUUCUACACGUCCUGCCACUAAAUCUUAUACCAAUACUGUUAUUUCUACACGUCCUGCAACUAAAUUUUAUAUCAAUACUGCUAUUUCUCCUGUACAAGUUCCCAGUAAUGACCCUGGACACCAUGUAGCCCACGGUGUACCCGUUCCCAGUAAUGACCCUGGAUUACAUGUAACUCACGGUGUACCCGUUCCCAGUAAUGAUCCUGGAUACUACCAUGUAGCUCACAGUGAACCUGAGUAUGACCCGUAUAACCCUGGAUAUCAAGACAAUAAUUCACCUGAAAAUUAUAAUUCCCCUGGUAAUGAGUUUUUUCCUCCUAAUAAUGAUGAGUCAUUGCCAGGAAAUGAUGAGUCUUAUCCUAACGAUGAUGAAUCUUAUGAUGAAUCUCAUCCUAACGAUGAUGAAUCUUAUCCUAACGAUGAUGAAUCUUAUCCUAACGAUGAUGAAUCUUAUCCUAACGAUGUUGAAUCUUAUCCUAACGAUGAUGAAUCUUUUCCUAACAAUGAUGAAUCAUCUAAUGAUAAUAAAUCACCUUCUAACGAUGAUAAUUCACCUCCUGACAAUGAUGAAUCUCCUUCCGAAGAUGAGGAUUCACUUAAUUAUGAUGAAUU